AUGAGAUAUACAAAGCAUGCGUUAGAGCUUUGGCAUGUCGUUUACGGACCUGGGUGUCAUCCUGAUGCGUCCGCCUCAGUCACACAUGCAGGCGUUCUCGCCCAAUCAACACUGGAUCCGAGCAAAUCACCACGAGCAGAUUCGAUAUUCGGCUUAUCGCAAGCAUUGAUCGGAAGUUUCUUUGGAACGGACUCAGGGAAGUUUGCAGAGGCCACUCUGAUCCUUUCCCAAAUGUUUGCACAAAGCGGACAAAAGGAACAAGCCAUCAAGUUUGGACUUGAAGCCAAGAAGCUGUAUGCGAAUCGCUUCGGAGAAGAUCACGACCAGACCAAGCAAGCCAACCAGUUGCACGACUCGAUCUGUCGUUCAAUCGAGGCCCAGAUCAAGGGCGACGAAGAAAAAAGCAACCGGUUGGCUAAGCGCCUCGGCCUGGAUCCCAAACGUGCUGCCAGCUUGCGCGCGAGAUUGUUGGCCUCUUCUUCUUCCGCCACUUCGGCCGUCUCGGCUGAGUCUUCACUCGCUCAAAAGACACCCUCUGAUCAACGAUUGAUCGGCCCUCAAGAAACUUUGGCUCCCAAAAUCCGCCCUCCAGUCCAAAACGGUUCUCCAGUCAGUAUCGACGAUCUGGUUAAAUACAUCCAAGGAAGCUCGUCUACCAAGUCUUCCAAAGCCACCAACGGCGUGAACAGUCCUUCCGCUUCUACAUCCAGGACCGCUCGCCAACCCUCGGCCGUGAAAACCUCCUAG